CCCGACAAUAACAUAUGCGUUCUUCAACCCUCCCCAAAUUUCUCCCCUUUUUGCCCUAAAAUUAUUAGGGUUUCCUAUCAUCUCUCACCAAUUCUCAUGCAUUCAUCCCUCACACAUCUAUUAAUCAACUUACUCCACUUCCUAGUGCUGUUUUUAUCGCCGAUUGUGCUCUUUUUUGCUCUCGAUCGAGGGUUUUUUCGCUUAAUUCUGCUCAGUUUUUCUGGCGUUUUUGUUCGAUCGUACUCAUGCAGAAGCUCGCCAGUUACAGUGGGGAGGGUGAUUUUUCUCUUGGGAAAUCAAUGUUCCAAAACCCGAUCGAAUCGGGUAUUUUCUCAUCUCUUGGACAUCACGCGGAGGUGUAUGCUUUACCUUGUAAGAGAUCGAGAGUCAAUGCACCAUUUGUAUUCAAUGAGGAAGUUUAUAAGAAACAAAAAACCACCAUUGAAGUGCUUCCCGAUGAAUGCUUGUUCGAGAUUUUCAGGUGCCUUGACGGAAACCAAGAAAGAAGCUCUUGCGCUUCUGUUUCAAAGCGUUGGCUCAUGCUUUUAAGCACAAUCCGCAAGGAUGAAAUUAGUCAAACUUCAGAGAAUAAGUCAACCCAUGAAGAUCUCGAAAACAUCAACGGGCACCUCUCGAGAUCUCUCGAAGGAAGAAAAGCUACGGAUAUCCGACUUGCAGCGAUUGCGGUCGGAACCGCUGGUCGCGGUGGGCUCGGGAAACUUUCGAUUCGUGGAAACAACGUAGCGCGUGGCGUCACGAACUUCGGGCUAAAAGCUGUUGCUCGUGGGUGUUCAUCUCUUACGGGUCUUUCUCUAUGGAAUCUAUCAUCUGUUUCCGAUGAAGGACUUAUCGAAAUCGCUAACGAGUGUCAUCACUUGGAAAAACUCGAUCUUUGUAAAAUCUCGGGAAUCUCCAACCAAGCUUUAGUAGCAAUCGCAAACAACUGCCCGAACCUCACCGAGCUUUCAAUAGAAUCCUGUUCGAACAUCGGUAACGAAAGUCUUCAAGCGAUCGGUCAAAACUGCCAUAACUUGAAGUCGGUAUCGUUAAAGAACUGCCCGUUAGUUGGAGAUCAAGGAAUUGCAACGUUAAUGUCAUCAACAAGUUGUUCGUUAACAAAACUAAAGCUACAAGCUCUAAAUGUUAGUGACAUGUCACUUGCUGUUAUCGGGCACUAUGGGAUUGCGGUUACCGACUUAGCUUUGACCAGUCUUUCAAAGGUAACCGAAAAGGGGUUCUGGGUUAUGGGCCACGGUCAAGGGUUGCAGAAGCUGAGGUCGUUAACCGUUGCAUCGUGUUUGGGUCUGACCGAUAUCGGGGUCGAAGCAGUCGGCAAAGGCUGCCCGAAUCUGAAACAGUUUUCCCUUCGUAAAUGUGCUUUCUUAUCCGAUAACGGAUUAUUUUCGUUUGCUAAAUCUUCAAUUUCACUCGAGAGCCUGCUUCUAGAAGAAUGCCAUCGGGUCACACAAUGCGGUAUCUUAUCCAUGCUCGUAAACCAUGACACCAAGUUGAAAAGUCUAACUUUAAAAAACUGUCUCGGUUUUAAGGAUUUGAGUUUCAAAAUCCCGUCAUCUCGCUGCAAUACCCUCAAGACUUUAUCGGUUCAUAACUGCCCGGGAUUCGGGAACGGUAGUUUGAUGUCGUUCGGGCAGCUUUGCCCUGAACUUCAACACGUCGAGUUAACCGGGCUGCACGGAAUUACAGACAGCGGGUUUACUCCACUCAUCAACUGCUGCGAAGCUGGUCUAGUCAAAGUCAACAUCAGCGGAUGCAUCAAUGUAACCGAUAACGUGGUUUGUGAAAUGUCUAAAGUGCAUGGCGGGACACUCGAGUCUCUAAAUCUUAACGGUUGCAGGUCCGUUACUGACGCAAGCAUGGUUGCAGUUGCAUCCAACUGCUUAUUGCUAAACGAACUCGAUGUUUCCGAAUGCGGAAUCACCGAUUUCGGUAUUUCAGCAUUGGCCCGCGCGGUACAGUUGAAUCUCAACGUUCUUUCGGUAUCGGGCUGUCGUCUCGUAACAGACAAGAGCUUACCGUUUCUGUUGAAAAUCGGCGGGUCACUUGUCGGUUUGAAUAUCCAGCAUUGUCACGGGAUCAGCAAUUCGUCAGUCGGUCUUCUAGUCGACCGCCUCGGGAAUUGCGAUAUUCUUUCCUAAAACAGAUCUCGGGUCAAGUAGUUCAAGUGUCUGUAUCCGGUAUUAUUGUUAUGUUUGAUUAGUAAGUCGGGUUUUUUUACAGGUCUUGUGACAGGUGUCUCUUCAAUCCGAAUGUCGGUUCUAGUUUUUCCGAGGGAUUUGGCUUAUACCUCUAUUUUUUGCAGUUAAUCGGUAACCGAUUUUAACUGCUACAAGAUUUUUUCGCCGUAUUUCCUCGAGAGUCAUGAACUUACUUUUGGUUUUCGGAUACACCUUUUGCAUUGGUCCUAGUUGUGUUUUAGAUUAGCGGGUUUGUUUUGUCGUGUCACCUUUCGUGUCUCAUAUCAUGUCAUUAUUGUCUUGUUUUCGGGUCGUUUGGGUAGAUUGUGAUUCCUUGAAGCAAGUUUCUUAUGAUCUUGAGAUGAAACCGUUUUCGAUGGAGGAGGACGACGGUGCUGCCUUGUUUUUUGUGGGAUUUUGGCAUUGCACCCAGACUGUGUUGCAGCCCAUUUUAGUGUUGGAUUUUUUCCUCAUUUUUCCAAGGCUUCACUUGUUUUUAAUCUGUUGAUAAUGUAAUUGGAAUCAGUAUCUACUAUAAUUUGUGAUGUCCUUAUGCUGUGUGUUAUGAAUAAAAUAAGUCUGUUUGUAUUAAA